CCAGCAAGCCCCGCGCCCCGGGAACUGCGGAGGGCGGAGCGGUAACAUGGCGGCGCCGGGAGCUGGAGACCCUCUGGAUGCUAAGAGCGGAAAGGGCCCCCUGGCCCAGCGCAUCGACCCGACGCGGGAGAAGCUGACUCCUGCGCAACUACAAUUCAUGCGGCAGGUGCAGCUCGCCCAGUGGCAGAAAAUGCUGCCACAGCGGCGGACCCGGAACAUCGUGACCGGCCUGGGCAUCGGGGCCCUGGUGUUAGCAAUUUAUGGUUACACCUUCUACUCGGUGUCCCAGGAGCGUUUCCUGGAUGAGCUGGAAGAUGAGGCCAAAGCUGCUCGAGCCCGAGCUCAGGAAAGGGCAUCAGGACACUGAUCCAGAUGGGUAUCCUGCAUCUCCAACCUGCUGGAGUCCCUUCACAUGAUGGAUGAUGCCCCACAACCCUGUAGAAAUGGAAGCCUGCUCACAGCAUUGCUUUCCUUCUUACUAACUUUGGACGAUGAUAGAGCCCAAGUAACCACGGGUUUGUGCAUUUGGCCAUUGUCAAGGGAACAUGCCCACCUCGCACUCACUGUGUGUGGCCACUGACUCCUUUUCCUAGUUUCCUUGUUCGAGGUAUCUGACCUUGGCUUUUCCCAAGCUUUCUGACUUUGUGGUUUAUCCCCUUCAGGGUCUGGCUGGGAGGGUGGAGGACAAGAGGUGGGCUCUUAAUGGGGGUGAGGGUGGCAGCUCUGUGCAGUGUUGGAGCCUAAAGUGGCAAAAAUGGGGUCAGGUUGAGAGCAAUAAACUGAGUCAUCUCUCUCGGA